AUGGGUCUUUGGGUGCCCUUCUCCUCAAAUCGAAAGCCAUGGGGGCUUCGCUGGCGGUCAUCAGUUUGGUUCAUCACUACAGUUGUUGGAUUCGGCAUCACUACCGACCUGUUGGUUUACUCCAUCGUCAUCCCUGUCUUGCCAUUCCAGCUGGAGCGUUUGUCAUACCGUAAGGUUUCGUCACUCACAGGGUGGCUGCUAUGUGCAUACUCCGCCGGGCUGGUCUUUUCCACGAUCCCUAUUGCCAUGCACUCGGAGCGAUAUUCAAUGAGACGAAUGCCAUUGAUCCUCGGUCUCAUUGCGCUCAUUGCCUCUCAGGUCAUGUUCAUGGAGGCCCCUAAUUAUGCAGUCAUGGCCGUCGCUCGCGUCUUGCAAGGAAUCAGUUCCUCUAUGGUGUGGAUCGUAGGCCUGGCACUUUUGUGUGAUACCACGCCGGAGAAAAAUGUCGGCAAACAGUUGGGUAUUGCGAUGACCGGCCUAUCCAUCGGUCUUCUGGUUGGCUCACCCGCAGGCGGUGCCUUGUAUACUCGCUUCGGCUUCCGCGCCCCAUUCAUCUUUGGAGAGAUUUGUGCAUUUGUCGAUCUAGGCCUCCGUCUUCUUAUCAUUGAAAGGGACGUUGCAUUGAAAUGGGGCCAUGACCCCUCGGAACCCACGGCCGUAAUAAUGAAGGGGGCGCUGGACGCUUCUUCUACAUCUGAUAUACAACUCUCCUCUCUCCCAACAGCUCAGGUGCAUGGAAGCACUACAGAAGUUAAUGAAGUAGAAGAUCCGAUGGUUCCAGACAAGUCUAGACUACCCAACGCACGAAAAUUGUCCAUAGCCCGUAAACCAAUCAUGGACCCGGCACUCGUUCGGAAGCCAAUAUCAUUACUCUCAGUGAUUAUCAAGUUAUCGCAGUCACCUCGCGCGAUGGUCGCUCUAAGCAUGUCGUUUGUAUAUGGACUUGUACAGAGCAUGCAGGAGCCUUCUCUUCCGCUUCAUCUCCAAUCUAUCUGGGAAUUUAAUUCGGACCGGGUGGGUCUUGCCUACCUGGCAGCAGUCGUCCCAGCCUUGAUCUCAUCACCGUUAGCAGGUUUUUACGUCGAUCGAGUGGGCCCCAACUAUAUAACAUUUAUAUGUCUGCUCCUUGCACUACCGUGGUGGAUUAUCUUGACCCUACGGCACUCUUUACCGUUAUUCAUUUUUGCUCUUGCCGCUCAAUGUUUCUUUGUCUCUGGUGUCGUCGCGCCAGUGACGACCGAACUUGCGUCUGUCUCUCGAAAAAUGCCAGGUGUCGGAUAUGCUCAUAUCUAUGGCGCAUUUAAUCUUGCGUUCGGGAUUGGUACAGCAGUGGGGCCUGUGAUCGGAGGACAGAUAUACGAUCACGCGAGACAUGGGUGGACUGCGCUUUGUUGCAUCACCUCGGCGCUUAUUCUCGUCUGCGUCACCCUCGCGUUCUGCUACACUGGUGAUGAUCCUUUACUUGCCAAAGUCCUGCGUCAUUAUUACCCAAUUGAUUCGAUACGAAAGCACUCAGACGAAGAAUCCAAUAGCACUGGUAACACCAGCCGGACUCAUAUUGUCAGCACAGCUGAAUCUGCCUGA